UAAGGGAGGCGUGUCUUCAACAGGUGGGAUAGUUGGGCUUAAAGAGUUUUCCCACAGACAUACUGAAAUCAGUCGUUGAAGUCAUACUGACUAAAGCUUUUGUGUGCUCCGAACAAUUUUUAAACAGUCUUUUAACUGAACACUAGACGUGGCCUGACAAAAUUGUUUUCAAUAUGACAUUUCGGUGGGUAAUACUAUUGGCUUUGGUCACUACUAUUACAAGCGAUGAAAGACAUUUAUUUAAUGAUGACGUAAACGAGCUAUUUAAUUGGUUUGAUAACAGUGAAGCAAGAUUAGGAACGUGGAGAUCACCGGAAGGUGAAAAUGACGAACAACAUAUAAUUGAUAACACAUUGAAAAAGGAAAAUAGAAAACGAGCUUUAUCGUUCCUUACACAUUGGAAACCAUGGAAACAAAUGAGUGGCAAUGGUAGACAUGUAAUUCGAUCACCAUUUAGUUCUUUUUUCCCAGAUUCAGAUGUGCCAUCCAAAGGAAAUAGACCAGUUGGUCAACCACUUAGAUGGGGACGUCGUAGAAGACGAUAAGUUUUUAUAAGCAUAUACAUGACAAUAAAUAUUGUAUAAUCAGUUAUUAUAAAAUUUAUUUAUUUUUUGUUUAAUAUGUUACUUAUUUAUUAAAAUAAUUUACACAUAAAUACCUCUAUCUCUAUA